AUGGGUGUAAUCACUUGUGAAACAAAUACUAUUUCCUCAAUUCCACCAGCAAAAUUGUUUAAAGCUUCUGUUCUUGAUGCUGACAUUCUAAUCCCUAAAAUCCUUCCACAAGCCAUCAAGAAUGUUGAAAUCCUCCAUGGUGAUGGUGGUGUUGGCACUAUCAAGUUGAUCACCUUCGGCGACGGUAGCCAAUUCAAGAAUAUGAAGCAAAGGGUUGAUGGAGUUGACAAAGAGAACUACACAUACAACUACACAAUCAUUGAAGGAGAUGCUUUAAUGGAUGUUCUUGAAUCAAUUUCUUAUAAAAUUAAAAUUGAACCAUAUGAAAAUGGAGGGUCAAUUUGCAAGAACACUAGCACUUAUCACACUAAGGGUGAUGUUCAAAUCAAAGAAGAGGACAUUAAGGCUGGCAAAGAGAAGGCAAUUGGACUAUUCAAGGCUAUUGAGGCUUACCUCCUAGCAAAUCCUGAUGCUUAUUAA